AUGAUUCUGAACAGCCAUUUUAUCCUGCAAACUGCCUGUUUUACCUCCGACAAAAAUUCAAAGACGGUCGAUGGCACUGAGCCCUGCUCCAGGGGCAGUGGAUCAGGUGGUUGUGCCGCAUCCAACGACAGUACAGAAAACGGUCCAAAGAAGGUGGCGGAAGCAAACGACUCCGAAGCCGACUCAGAGCAUACCAAUGAUGGUUCUGGUGUUCAGGUUGGCGCUCAGCCCGACCCGGACGGUAUACACGAGGAAAACGAUGACCUUGAGGUGGAUGACUUCGACGAGUCAGAUCACAGGGAGUACUAUCUUUUAGCUAAUGGCAUCCUUUUCUUUGCAGUAUUCGCGUAUUUCGGGACAAACUGCGAUGUGAGCAGAUGGGCGAGGGAUUCAUGCCUUGAAAUACUCCACCCGACGGAUCUCACCUAUCAUCCUAUCCGAUUGACGCCUGGCGCGAAGCCGCACUCUGUUCAUGGUCAGAAAACGUGGCCACCAGAUAAAGAGUAUUGGCUACAUUUCCAUGCCGGAGCCGAAAAACUGAAGUGGGCCAACCGCGAACCAGAAGAAGAUGCGAUUCUUCAAGGAAGAAUUUAUGAGCAUACACAGUCCGUCAACGGUAGAAACAGAGACCAGAUAUACGGAUUUUUAGAAGAUGUCUUGACACAUCACACUGACUAUGCUGUUCCUGAUGACAAAGUAGCUGAGUUAACAACAAUCUAUGCUGAACUGCGCAGAUUGAGGUAUUAA